UACGAGGGUUCAGUUCAAUCUAAUCGCUCGACAUUGUCGGAUCGGAUGUAUCGGAACUAAAUCCAGCACCAGCAUCUUUUGGAUUAUUCAUUGUUUUUGGGAUAUCUCACUCAAUAGGAAGGAAGGAGGAUUUUUUAUCCCAGUGAGGAUUUUUUUCGGGUGAUAAAAUAGUUGGUUAUCGAUUGGAGGCGAGGCGUGUGGACGGAAAUUUGUGUCACGAGGAAAAACUCGACCAAUAGCAAACAAAACUUCGCGUCAGAAAGUGAAUGUGUUUGGAAACAAAAGUGUCGUAACUGGAUUCCUUGUUUGUUGAUACUCUUUUUGCGCGCUAAAAUUGGCAGCUUGGGUGAGGCACGAAAAAGCUUGCGUGUCGAAAGUUGUGCGUUGUGAUUUUCCCCUCCCAGUACGUAUAUCGAUCCCCUGUCCCUUCUACGACCUUAGCGGGCGAGCGAAGGGGAUAGUGAUAAAAAUUUCGAAUUCCAACGUCACUGGUUUGAACAGCAGCAUAGUAUAUAGUUUUGCAAUCAACUCUGUAAACAGCAAGGGAAAUUGAAUUUGCCGACACCGACAUUUGAUUUCCACUGUCGGAAACCUCAAUUGAACACCCCGGAAGCACAUCGAGGACAACCGGAUUACAAAUUGGGAAACAUGGAGGACCAACAGCAACACCACCACCACACUCCCCGGUACAUUGAAACAAAUAAGAGAUAUGCAGUCAAAACAGAAAAGAGUGGGGAACUCAUAGUCACAGUUCAGGGAGAUCUGUCUCAGCAGGAAAAACGUGCUGUCUUCCUCACCGUUCACGACCUGGGAUGCAACCACACAUCCUUCGAGGACUUUGUAAACAGCGCGUGUAUGAUCGAGAUCAAAGAACGCUCAUGUUUCAUUCAUAUUGAUGUUCCUGGACACGCUGAUAAUGCUCCCACUCUGCCGGACAACUUCCAAUUCCCGACGCUUCAGACGCUGGGCGAGGAACUGAUCACCGUCCUGGACUUCUUACACGUUAAGUAUGUAAUCGGCCUUGGCGAAGGCGCUGGCGCUAACGUUUUGGCCCGAUUUGGUUUGGCCCAUCCUUCGCGCUGCCUUGGCCUAAUCCUGAUCAACGUCACCGGAUCGGCUGCCUCCGUUUUGGACGCGUUCAAAACCAAAUUCAUCAGCUGGAAGGGAGACGAAAUCGGCCAAUCCGCCGAAGACUUCCUGCUGUACCACAAAUUUGGUUAUUUCUUCUCCGAGCAACUGGUUGGCGACAAUCCGGACAAGGAGAAAAUUGUUACCGAGUUCCAGAGCAGACUGCACAGCUCGCUGAACAACAAGAAUCUUAAGCAAUACGUUAAAGCAUUUACAAGCCGCGAGAAUUUGUGCUUGAAAAACUGUAAGGUUGAUCUGUUGUUGGUCACUGGAGUUAUGAGCCCAUACGCUGGCGUAGUUGAAAAGAUGUUCAAGGACUUGAACAAGGAGAAGGUUACACUGCUGAAGGUCGAACGCGCUGGCGAUGUUCUCGCAGAUGCUCCUGCUAAAGUGGCUCAGUCGAUUUUGCUGUUCUGCAAGGGCCAAGGUUUGCUGACAUCGGUGGUAUUGCCUGGGGUGGACCGGAACAGAGCAUUCUCAACCAGCUCGGGUGGUUCCAGUGAUGGCACUCCGGGUGGUCGACGCCUUUCUCGUGGAAUGUCCAUGGAAGAUUACGACAAGCCUAACAUCAGACGACUAAGCAUCACCAUCAAUGAGCAACUACCUCCGAUCAAGAAGUAAAUGGAGCAUUGGGGGUAAGCAUAGCGAUUAUUUCUAUCUUUAUGGCUAAUAUUAUACUUUAUCGAACACGAGGAAACAGAUGAAUAGAUUAAAGUAAUGAUUCACACAUGCAAAUGUCAUACCCAAAUGCAGGUAAAAGCCACAAACAACACUCUGAUAUCAAUUUUUAUAGAUGUACGUAUUUUUUAUCAUACUGGUACAACAAGUAACAACAAUGAAGUAAACUGUAGCAACAAUUCAUGUAACCGACAAACAAAACACUAGAGUUCGAAAAUAGUAACUUUAAAGGAACAACUUGUACACCGACUAUUCUAAAGUUUAACAAGAUAAAGUAAAAUGUACAACAAACAUUGAAAUUCAAACCAGAACAUCUUUUGUAAUCACUCAUUGUCACCUCCCACGAAAAAAAAUCAAGAGUCUACCAGGAAAGGAACACAAAUUUAAAGCAGUCAGAAACUGAUCCCAUGAAGCCCAAAAAAACGAGAAUGGAAACUUUAAUUGAUAAGGAUUUAUUUUUUGAUUUUCAGAGCCUAUAUACAUCUUCUUAUACCAACUAUUGACGAAUGAAAAAGUAAUUUAAUAAAAUAAAAUACCAUAAAAAGAAAAAUUCUAGCGUUUAAAUCGUAGGAUCGUUAGCAGCUAUACACUCAUUAAAAUGAUAACAAAGCUAAGAAAUUAUACCUAUAUAUAGCAAGUAAGCAGCGGAAAACAAACAAAUCCAAAAGUCAACUAUUGAAUACAAACCAAACUCAGAAAAGAAAAAAAAAAGCUUUCUCGAGCUGAAAGAUGCUAAGCGCAAACGAUCAAGUACUAUACCAAACAUAAAUACAUGCAGUUGUGGCUUCAAUAAUAAUAAAAAAA